AUGUUUGACACGGACGAUGAAAAAUGGCAAGCACUUGUAAACCGAGACCCCCGAGCAGAAGGCGAAUUUGUUUACUGCGUGCUUAGUACGAAAAUAUACUCUCGUCCUACUUGCUAUUCAAGGUUGGCAUUGCGGAAGAACGUCAGCUUCUGUAAAAAUUCAGAUGAAGCAAGAGCCAUGAACUUCAAGCCGUGCAAAAGAUGCAAACCUAAUGUGGAAAGGGGCAGCAACACCACGAGGGAAUUGAUUAUCAGAGCUUGCACAGCCAUUUUCAAGACCGCCAGUGCUUCUAAGCCUUUUGUCUUGGAUGUCUUGACAGCACAGCUCCAAAUAUCUAAAUUCCAUCUAUGUAGACAGUUCAAAAACUACACCAAUAUGACACCCCGGAAGUUCUAUCUAAAAUGCAAAGAGAUAAAGCAGAACCCUACAAAUCUCCUUCCCGUGCCCAUAAUAGAGACGAAAAAGAACUUAGCCCGUAAGAAAAUGUUGAAU